CGCUGAGGGUGUGGGUGAGACACUGGGCUGUUAGCAGUUAAGGAGUGAAGUAGGAACAGUGGCGGAUUUACUUCGAACUCAAAACUUUCUUUCAUUGACACCACAAAGUUAACGUUCGAUAUUGGAUAGUAAUGACGUGUUGGGGACUGCUUUGAACAAAACUAAUCACAUGGCGUAGUACUGGACGUCAGCACAGGACGUCAGUGAUAACAGUGUCUCCGAAGACGUCAAGAUUACAACAAACACGACGCGCUACCACAGCCAAGACAAACACUUAGCAUUGAUUACUUUGUGCUGGUUAUUCUACAGCUGUCGGAACAUGUUAAAAUGAUCGCCACGCAGUACUGGCAACAUGGACACGAUUCAUUGUUCACUUUGAUCCAAGUUUGAAAUAAUUCCGAGGAUUAUGACUGACUCGAAGACACGAGGUGUCGCCUCGCUGGCUUCAACGCUAUACGCGCGCGGAUAAAACAGUUCUGUAAAUGGAUUUUUUUUUUUCAAUCAUACAUUGAUCAGGGCGUCGAGAGUCAUUCAUCGCUAAGUAUUGGAUCACCUUUUGAUCUAAUGUCAACUACAGUGCCUCUUAUUCGCUAUACACCAUAAAGACUUACCAGGGACAAUCCCUAUUACUUACUUCCAGAUGUAGCCCGGCCAAGACAAGUCAUUCCCUCAGGUCAGUUCCGGUUUUCUUCCAGACAUGAAUUGCAUCAAUGAUACAAAUCUGGAGAAUGACACUGACCCAGACAUUCACAGCCUGGACUCUGUGGCCAACGUCUCCUCGGCCAGCAAGCUGGUCAACUACUACAUCACGGAUGUGGCCAUGCCGGCCACCUGCGCCCUGGGCAUUCUGGGUAACCUUCUAUCCCUUAUGGUGCUGACCACGGAAAAGCUGCACCGGACUUUAAGCAAGAUGGAGAUCUCCGCCCACAUCGGCCUGACCGCACUGGCCGUGUCGGACUUUCUCUUCUGCCUGUUGGUACUUAUUGUCACACAGGUUCCUCCCAAGAAACACUACGAGGUUGGCGACCCCGUCAUCUUCUUUCAUCUGAUGUCUAACGGCCUGAUAACAAUCUUCAUUAUUUCCAGCACCUGGCUUAUCGUCGUCAUGGCAGCAGAACGCUACAUUGCCGUCUGCCAUCCACUCCAAGCGCGGAAGCUCAUAUCACUGCGCCGCACGCGGGCGAGCAUCAUUCUCGUUUUUCUCAUCUGCACGCUCGCCACCAUUCCAAUCUUCCUGGAGAGCACGAUCGAGGAAGGCUGCGCCCAAGGGAGAUCGGUGCGCCGGCUUCAGGACAGAGACGAGGACGCCUCGAGGCCGUUGCAGCGCCUCGUCUGGUCCAUCUUCUUCGACUUCAUUCCCUGCGCCGCGCUCAUCUACUUUAACCUCUGCCUCAUCAUUCAGAUCAGGCGGGCCAAACAGCUCAGAGAUCAGAUGACGCCCAGACAUUCCGUGCUGAGGUACAGCACCUCCAACCCCAAAGAAGGAAAGCCGAAGCAAAAGCCAGCGCAUGAGGUGAACGGAGAGAGAAGCUUCCACCAGCAAAAGAAAAGGGACAGAAACGCGCUUUUGGAGACCCAUCCAGCCCCGAACGAAGCCAGUGUCAUUGAGAUGACCAACGGGGCUAGCAAGUAUGUGAAGUACGUCACCAACAAACCGAGGGACUCAAAGAGCAGCCACGGCAACGAGAGCCAGGGAAAUGAGAGCACCCAGAACGAGCUGCGGGACCUCCACCACAUCGCUAAGCCGUCUCGGCCCUACCAGAGCCCGUCGUCCAGCAAAAGGCUGACGGACAGCAUCGUGCGGAAGAGGCCCUCGGACAACGCUCUCAACAGCGUCACGGCCACGCUGGUGGCGGUCAUCCUGCUCUUUCUCCUCCUGGUCUCGCCCAGCGAGCUGCUCAAGUUUUCGGUGGAGCACACCUCCGCGGACGAAACGCAAAAGAGGAUAGUGAUGUCGGUGACUAACUUCAUGCAAGUGCUCAACUUCUCCUUGAACUUUGUCCUCUACUGUGCGGUCAACAAGACAUUCAGGCAUACUCUGUAUGGACUCAUCUGUUGCUGUUGGCUCACACUCAGGAGGUGAUGUUUCAUUUCUUUCAUCAAAAAGUUGUUUUUUUAAUCACAAGUGAUAUUUCUACCAGUCGGUCAAAUCUCCAUAUCGGCAGGCUCAUAGAAUGGAAGUAUUACUUGGAAUUUAUUCUUUUUGUAAUCGUACCGGUACAAGCAUUUACGUAAGCACUGUUUUCCAGAUGUCGUCAGUCAUAGAGGAUAUUAUGCAGUAACUGAUGACGUCAUUACGUUUGGAAUAAUUUUGACGUCAUUGAUUCGUGUGAUGCUAGUAAGGUCCAGGUGUACAUAUAUAUUUUACAAAUUAAAUCUUUUGCAUGGGAAGAAA